UCACCGUGGAAAGAGCGGCACAAAGAAACCUAUGGAGUCUGAGGAAGACGACAGACCUAUGGAGACCACACCCCUGAAUAACAGUGAUGGCUGCCAGGUUCACGUGAGGAAGAAGGCGGUCCCCUUCCACAGAAACCCUGCUACAUGCCUGAUGACGCUGGGCCUGUUAGCUGGAGCUGUUGUCCUUGCCUCCAUAGUGGCUAUUUAUUCAUGGAACACAGACAACCAGCCUAUCUGUAAUGACCCCUGCAAACUUACACUUGUAGAAAGCAUUCCAUGGAACCUGACGUAUGCAGCAGGCUCACCCGCCCACCCAUCCACCUACAGUGCCUGGAUGGGGCUGGUACAGAAGGCACAACAGUCCAUAGACAUUGCCUCUUUUUACUGGACACUCCAGGGAGAAGAUCUCCCUGCUUAUGAUGAAUCAGCAAAUGAGGGCCAAGAAUUUUACGAUGAGCUGCUGCGGGUUGGUCAAGGCGGGAACGUGAAGAUCAGGAUCGCCCAGGACAUCCAUGAUGGAAUAUUUCAGAACGACACGGCCUUCCUCGCCAAGACGGGGGCUGCCGAGGUCAGGUCGCUCAACUUCAGCAGGUUCUACCCCUGGGGAGGGGUGCUGCACACCAAGAUGAUCACCGUGGACGGGAGGCACUUCUACGUGGGGAGUGCAAACAUGGACUGGAGGUCCUUGACUCAGGUGAAGGAGUUGGGAGCAGUAAUUGAGGACUGUCCCUGUCUGGCUCAGGAUGUCGGCAAGCUCUUCUCUGUCUACUGGGACCUGGGCAAGCCUGGCGCUGAACUGCCAUCCUCAUGGCCGGCUGCGUACCAGACUAACUACAACCUACAAACCCCAGUACAGGUGGCAUUCAACGGGACCAACACCAACACGUUCUUAUCAAGUGCUCCCCCAGAGUUCUGUCCCAAAGGGAGGACCACUGAUGUUGACGCCAUCGUGGGCGUGAUCCGAUCAGCGCAGAAGUUUGUGUACAUCGCAGUGAUGGACUACGCUGCAACCACUCUGUACCGGUAUAACAACAACAUUUACUGGCCUGUUAUCGAUGAUGAGCUGAGGAGAGCUGCGUUUGACCGCCAUGUUGAGGUCCGACUGAUGGCAUCCAAAUGGAACCACACCACGCCGGUCAGCUUCCGCUACCUCUGGUCCCUCCAGGACCUGAACUUCACUUCAAAGGACCUCAGUAUUAGUGUAUCCGUCAAACUUUUUGAGGUUCCAGACUAUCCUGAUGUGGAAAAGCAGUUUGAGUAUACUAGGGUCAACCACAACAAAUACAUGGUCACUGACCAAGUAGCAUACAUAGGCACGUCCAACUGGUCAGCUGACUACUUCAUCAACACAGGCGGCAUCGGACUGGUCGUCAACCAGACGUCAGGGCAGCUGGGGAAGAACAGCGUGCAGGAACAGCUGAAAGCUGUGUUUGAGAGAGACUGGAACUCUCCAUAUGCCUUCAGCCUGGAUCACUACUCCCAGGAGAGAUGAAAGAAGCCACUUAAUGCUGCAAUAUUCAGAAGUGUGACCCAUCUUUUAUGUCAUGUAGGAUUUCUGGUAACAUUUCUGUUAAUGUUAAGUAAAUUUGUCAGCAGUCGUUGUGAACGCUGUGUUAUAUAUAUUUCCAAGAGUUUUUGGAAUCUCAGAUAUCUUGUAAUAAUCAUUUAAAUUUGAUAUGUUGGGUGCUUACAAUGUUUUGAAGAUUUAAAGAUAUUGUUGCUAUGCCUAUGAAACAAAAUUGUGUGUGUUGAGAUUAUCAAAUUUGUAUCCUGUAUUAAUGUGACAGUGCAUGAACGAGGUCUUCUUUUUCCUAAUCAGAGAAAAUUUAGCAGCUAUUCUAAGGUCCCAGUGUACAUGUUUUUGUUAUGCUGCCAAGAUAUUU